AUGGUAAGAUACUUGUUUACAUUGGCCACUAUCUAUCUAUCUAUCUAUCUAUCUAUCUAUCUAUCUAUCUAUCUAUCUAUCUAUGUCAGUCUGUUCAUCUAUCUAUCUAUCUAUCGAUCUCUAAAUCUAUCUAUCUAUCUAUCUAUCUAUCUAUCUAUCUAUCUAUCUAUCUAUCGAUUCUGUUCAUCUAUCUAUCUAUCUAUCUAUCUAUGUCAGUCUGUUCAUCUAUCUAUCUAUCGAUGUGUUUUGUAUUUUAAUCAAUAUCACUGUGUACAAAGCUCUAUCUAUCUAGCUAUCUAUCUAGCUAUCUAUCUAUCGAUGUGUUUUUCUGAUCAUCUAUUUAUCGAUGUGUUUUGUAUUUUAAUCAAUAUCACUGUGUAUAAAUCUAUCUAUCUAUCUAUCUAUCUAUCUAUCUAUGUGUUUUGUAUUUUAAUUAAUAUUACCGUGUGUAAAUCUGUAUCUAUCUAUCUAUCUAUCUAUCUAUCUAUCUAUCUAUCUAUCUAUCUAUCUUUUUCAUUCUUUUCAUAUUUGUUUGUACACCCACGCACGCACUCAGAUAGACAUAAGACGAAUAAAUAUCCCACACUUAUUUCAGAUACUUCCACGGCAUAA